GCAGCAGCUGCAGCGGAGCGGCCGCGACAGCGACAGCGACAACACAGCCACAGCACUGCCCGGCCCCGCAGAGACACCGCAGCGCUCACAGCACAGCACAGCCCYGCAGAACGAACAUCUAAACCCGCUGCUGCRAAACUAAAAUGGAAACCAUGCACGAGCUGAUCCCGUUCGCCAAAGAAAUGCUCAGCCAGAAGCCCAACAGGAAGAUGGUCAAGCUGUACAUGCUGGGCAGCGUGCUGGCUUUCUUCGGCGUGGUCAUCGGGCUGGUGGAGACCGUGUGCAGCCCCUUCAGCUCGGAGGGCACGACAGAGCAGGAGGACAGGGACAAGAAGCAGCCCCCGCCMGCACGGGAGCGGCGUUUGCCGCAGACUCGGGAGGAUUUGGUGCUGGACAAGAGCAAAGCGCCGCCGGCGCUGCAGAGAGCCCUGGUGACCCGGCACCACGCGUCCUGAGCGGCCCCAGCACCGCACCGUGGUUCCAGCACGAAGAAAAGGCUUGGCCGGAGGAGGCUGCACGUGUGAGACUGUCCAGAAGUGAAGGGUUUUAUUUGCUGCUGUGCAGCAGUGGGAAAAAAUACCUUUUGUUGGUAUGAACCUGUGCACGACGCACAGCACGGUUUCUUAUUUUUUUCUUACGGAUGCGUUUUACACCGUUUUGCAAGAUCAAUAAAUGUUUUAUAUGGUA